UCUCUGUUCUGCUUGAACGUACGAACCUUAUUCUCUGUGAAAAUGACUGGUCGUGGAAAGGGAGGAAAGGGAUUGGGAAAAGGAGGAGCCAAGCGCCAUCGUAAAGUGUUGCGUGAUAACAUCCAAGGUAUCACCAAGCCCGCCAUCCGUCGUUUGGCUCGUCGAGGUGGAGUGAAACGUAUCUCAGGAUUGAUUUACGAAGAGACCCGUGGUGUCUUAAAAGUGUUCCUUGAGAACGUGAUCCGUGACGCCGUCACUUACACAGAACACGCCAAGAGGAAGACCGUCACCGCCAUGGACGUCGUCUAUGCUCUCAAACGUCAAGGCCGUACUCUCUACGGUUUCGGCGGUUAAUUUUUCCAUCAUCAUCGUCAUCAUUCAAAACAAUCGGCCCUUUUCAGGGCCACCAAAUCUUUUUUACGUUUGAAUAAUUUUUUUCAUUAACAUAGUUUUAUGAUAAAAGCAUUAUAGUGCAAUCCA